AUGAACCUCCCAGCUUUACUCUUAGCAUGUGUGUACUCCUUGAGCGUAGCAAGAGGAGCGCCAACGUCGAGCGCAAGCUUUGAUAUCAACGCAGAUUGGGUGUCUUGGGACGAUGCCACGUGGACUUUGAAAUCUACCAAGCCGCUGCCAGGGGUGUUUACUGCCUGGUUGCCGCAGUCGAACGGCUAUUUCGGCCUCGCCCAAGGUUCUUUGGGGCCCUUUUAUGAGCGCAGCCGUCGAAACGACUCGGAAGGAUGGCCGUCUUAUAGCAACCCUCGAACAACAUUCGCCACUGUCACGGGGUUCUGGGGCAGUGAGCCCAGCACGCUUGAGCCCGGGGAGCUGGGCGAGAGCUUCAUCUCCGGCGUGCCGCACUUUACCGAUUUGCUCGUUGAAGCAUGUGGCAGUGUCCUCGAUGGAGAUGUAGACGUAUCCGAGAUCACCGAGUUCGAGUCAACGCUGUCUUUUAUGGGCACUAAUGCGGGACGUCCUGCUACCAAUGGCCGGAAGUUUCUGGUAUCCUACGAAUCCUUGGCCUCGCUGGCCGAACGACAUCUGGCAGCUGUGAAACUGGUCGUCUCAAGCGACCAGGGCCUCGAUGACGUGCACAUCCUCGAUCUACUAGACAGCCAGUCAGCUUUGCGCACGACAACCGUCAAGACAGGCGUGAAUCAGGCCAACAGUCAGAUCUUUUCUGCCGUCUCACCAAAUAAAGUUGACCAUGUCAUGGCGUAUGUGCUGUCAUCGACGGUUGGGGAUGACUUGUUGUGCCUUGAAGGCGAAGAAGAAUACACCAGCGACUUCUUUUCCGGCCUCGUUGACCUAGCAAUGUCGGGUUCGGCCAACUCGUCCAACGCCAAGUCCGAGCCCGUCUCCUCGACGCAGCGGUAUCGGGUGCAAUCCGGCUUACAAUCCACAACGGUUUACAAAUACGCAGCCAUUGCCUCAUCAGAGCAUUAUGGGUCGGACACAGAGACGGUGGUCUCGGACGUUGUGUCAUCUGCCCUCAAGCGCGGGUAUCAUGCUCUACGCGAGGAGCACAGCGCCGAAGUGGGCAAGCUCAUGGGUGCAGACUUCGUGGCUGAUUUUGGAGAUCCAGCGACAGGGUCGCUCCCAACAGACGGCAGCGGCGGCGACAUAGUAAAAGCCUUUCAGAUCACAGCCAUUUCCUCCGCUUACUAUCUCUACACGAGCCUCAUCCCAUGGAGCCCGACACGUGACGAGAGCCCAAGCACUUGCAUUGCGUGCAACUCUCUUGCCGUUGGCGGCCUGGUUUCCCAAACAUACGGAGGCAAGAUCUUCUGGGACGCUGAUCUCUUCGUGGCGCCCGCCAUCCAAGGUGUGCAUCCCAAGUUGGCGAGGCAGUUCUCGCUGUAUCGUAUCAACAGGGCGGAGCAGUCUCGCAAGAACACCAAAAGGCACGGUCUCAAAGCGGGGAGCAUGCUCUAUGCAUGGACGAGCGGUCGACACGGGCAAUGCUACAACAUCUCCGCGCCCUGCAUCAUGUACCAGUAUCACCUCAAUGCCGAUAUCGCCUUGAGCAUGGCCAUGGGCCGGAACACGAGCGGCGACAGGAAUUGGUUUGAAAGGCACGGGGCCGUGGACGUCAUCGACGGCGUGGCCAUAGGCCUGGGCGAUAUUCUGACACGACGAGAGAGCACUGGUCACUGGGGCAUCGACGUGAUGGCCGAUGCUGACGAAUACUACAUGUGGAUUACAGACGGCUCAUUUACCAGUACUGCAGUCAGCACUCUUCUACAGCUCGCCUCGGAGGCUCGUCACGAACGAGGCAUCCCGCUCGAGCCAGACUGGCUUGACCAGCUCGAGCACAUGUCAAUACCCACCUCGGACGACGACGUUGUGCUCGAGUUCCAGGGCAUGACGAACGAUGUGUUCCCCAAGCAGGCAGACGUCAUCCUGUCCCACUAUCCCUACGACUACAAGCGGAAUUUCUCACUCGCCAAAUACCGAGCUGCCAUGGACUUUUACGCCGUCCGCACGGAUCCGCACGGCCCAGCCAUGACAUGGAGCAUGUAUGCCAUCACGGCCAACUCCCUGGCCACUUCGGGGUGCGCGUUCUGGACGUACCUAGUCAAGUCGUUCCAGCCUUAUAUUCGCGGCCCUUGGUACCAGUACUCCGAACAGCAAGACGACGAGCCCGGCAUCCCGGACCCGCUGACGGGGAACGCCAUCAACCCAGCGUUUCCGUUCCUCACCGGCCACGGUGGCCUCCUGCAGACUUUCACGGCGGGGUUCCUCGGCCUACGCGUCACGCACCGGAACCUGCUGAUAAACCCAUCCCUCCCCCCGCAGCUCCGCCACUUCAAGCCGCCCAUCCAGUAUUACAACGGCGCCGUCGUCAGCUUCCGCAUGAACCGCACGCACACUUCGAUCACGCGGCGCGAUGCAUCUCGUUUCGACGGUCUGGUGCCAGACCAGUACGGCAAGGAGGACAUGCCCGUCACCGUCGGCCGAGACGUGGACGACCCCGACGCGCGGACGGUGCUCCUGCGCGUCAACGACACCGUGGUAGUGCAGAAUCGGCUGUACGAUGCCGAGGUUUCUGUGCCGGGCAACAUCGUGCAAUGCCGCCACGCGAGCUCGACGCAUGGCGAGCUAGCGUUUGCAGCCACGGAUGGAUACGGAGGCACCGUUUGGCAGCCCGGCGCGAGUGAUGUCACGGCCGCUCUUGUAGUGGAGCUGGGAGCUUCGCAGGCGCCGCGGCUUCUGGAGGCGAUCCGGCUGGACUUUGCCAUGCGACCGCCAAAGCAUGUCAGGGUUUCGAUCUCGAACAGCUCGGAUUUCGAGCCCGGCACGGUGCUCGCGGACCAGGAUAUCCGCAUCACGAAGCCGUGGGUCGCGGACUCGCCUGUGCUGAAAUAUGCGGGAAACAUGACCACCAUCCGGCUCAGCGACGCGGUAUGGAGUGGUGCAUUUGCGAAACUCGAGGUUACAGGCUGCUGGAUAGAUGAUGGUGCUGGGGCAACGGUUGCCGAGUUUGGGCUCCUGGCCGCAGAUGUCUCCAGAGAGCGAUCAGGUACAGAGUCUUGA